CCAUUCGCAGUCACGCAAUUUCUUUGCAGUUCGCAAUCAGUCGCACACAAUGCAGGAAGACCAUCUGGUAGAAAUCCCUCGCUGCAAUUGGGAAGAGUGGCGCGAUUUGUACAAACGGGAUUGGCCACGCCAUGAGCUUGCCUACAAUUUAGUACAAAACUACAUCGAUUGGUCAAAGCACGAUCGCAAAAUCAAGGAUUUGACCAUCUAUAGCCUAAACGGAAGUUGGCGAGAGAAUGGAACAUACGUUAUUAUUGAUCGGAUCGAUCUAUAUAUGUACACGCUGGAUGAAUCAUUGGAGUGCCUACGGCGUGCGUUGAUGAUAGUGGAUUGGGAUUAUUAUCACGUGCUCGUAAUGUGUCCUUAUGAAACUCUUGUGUUCGAUGUCUUCCAGCAACUAGAUGUGAAGAUUUUUAAUGCACGACCCAACUACAUGUACUUUCUAUCGAAGGAAGAUGCGAGUGUUUUGUCAGUGUCAUUGCCUGCAGGUUUGUGUCUCGCCCAACUCAAACCGGAGCAUGCUCGAGUCAUUAAUGAUUUGUGGCCGCACAGGGAGACGGGGUCGGAAUUUCACAUCGAACGUUUAAUACGAUGGAACCCAUCGAUGGGUCUGUUCGAUGCGUCCGGUCAACUGCUCGGUUGGUGUAUGCUCACGCAGAUGGGCGUCAUCGGUAUGUUGGGCGUAAUUGAGAAGCGUAAAGGUUAUGGAAAGUUAGUACUGACGGGAUUCGUAAGGAGGCUCGCCGAACUGGGCCUUAAUAGCUACGCAAGCGUUCUCGUUGACAAUGAGCCCUCAAAGGCGCUGUUUACUAGUCUAGGAUUUACGCUUUUGAACAGGGUAAAUUGGAUUAGAAACUGUGAGCGGAAGCUAGUUGAAUGGAAAUCGGGUGCCGAAAUUGAUUACAAGUGA